AUGGUAGGGGAAGAAGUAAACCUUACCCGUGCUUGGCAACCCCAAGCAUCCUACGAGGUAUCCACUAGAAGGAUUCAAAAAGAAGCCAGCCCAGUUAUCACGAAAGAGAGGAAAUGGCGCUUUCAGAGGCCUACUCCCCCUCCGCUUCUAUCCCUUGGACCUUUAGGGCUUCUUAUUAAGGCAUCCAGAAGAUCUGCUUGGUGUGCAGCUAGGAAGCAGCUAAUAAAUGCAUUCCUUCAUGCUCAGAAUCAUAAGGCCGGCGAUUACUCCUUCCCUCCUAGUAUAGCCCGCCCCUCAAAGGCUCCCGCUGUAGCAAAGGAAGAAAGCGUAGAGGCUCUGCCUGAUCUGAUCCCCGGAGAUGGACCGACUUCUGACCCUGGCCCCAGCUUAACCACACUAAUCUUUCUGAAGUCUAAUUGGAAGACUGCUAUUGAAUCAGCGCUUUCAAUGGUUCGCGACUCCACUGCUAUUGAUAAGGGCUGCGGGACUCUUGUUAGCCGCUUCUCCCGUCCAGGAUUCAGCAUUCUUGGAUUAGGCCGGGCUUCUCUCUUUAAGCUUUAA